CUUGCACAUUGCUGUACUUUAACACAUGUUAUCAAUUUCAAUUGUAAGCUUUUAUUGUUGUUUUAAACAAGUCAGUAUCGAUAUGGAAAAAUACAUUAAAUGUAUUACAGUGUAUGAAUGUAUCUGAUAAUGUAAUCAACAAGUUAGAAAAAAAUAUUUGUUUUCAAUUUCCACAAAAGUUGGAAAUGUGAUUGGUCUGUGAUUAAGUAACUAUUGUUUACGAGAAGAGAAUUUAGUUUAUAAUAGUGAAAGUUAUUUUCUUGAACCGCAUAUCACAUUCUAGAAACAUGAACCCCAAUGUUGGGCAACGACAGGCAUGGUUUCGAUACAUCACCGUCGAGCCCAUGAUGUUUUUGUACAUGUUUGCAUUUCAAUUAACAACAGUCAUCGAACAAGAAUUGUUUGUAAGAAAAGCAUGCAUGGUCAACCAUGGCGUCGAAGCUAAAAUUUGUGAUAAUCUUAAGAACGAGACAUAUAAUAAUAUUCACAAAGAAGUACAAAUAACAGUAUCGACGUUUCUUCAAUGGAAUCAUAUUGCGGGCUAUGUUUUUCCCAUUGUGAUAUCACUAUUCAUUGGAUCAUGGUCCGAUAGGCGAGGCCGAAAAAUUCCAUUGCUCAUUGGAUUAACUGGAAAGCUAAUCUAUGUUUUGGGAAUUUUAUUGAACAUUCACUAUGAAAAAUGGCCUGUAGAAUAUAUCAUUUUCACAGCAACGAUUCCGAGUGCCAUAACGGGUGUAGAUAUUGUAAUAUUUGCAUCUGCCUUCGCUUAUAUAUCAGAUGUAUCGAGUGUUGCAAAUCGAACUUUGCGCGUUACACUCCUCGAGGUUUCAUAUUUAGUGACAUUCCCAACAGGGAUCGCUUUAGGUUCGUAUCUCUUCAAUAAGGUCUUCAAUCAUUCGUACUUCAUUAUGUUCAGUAUUAACGCAGUAAUUUUGUCAACCUCAAUAUUAUAUGCGAUUGUUAAUUUAAAGUGGCGAACAUCCACCAGGCAAAACUCCAUUAGAGAAGUUGGGUGCUGUGGACUUGCUGGCGAUUUUUUCGAUCGACAACAUGUUGCCGACACCAUUAAAACUCUAGUAAAGAAACGUGCGAACAGGCAUCAUAUUUUAUUUUGGAUUUUUCUUGCGUCAAUGUUCUUUUAUACAUUUCAACGUGAUGAAAAAUAUUACACAUUUCUCUAUACAAAAAUCAAAUUCGGUUGGACCAAUACCGAAUUUAGUAGUUUCAAAGUAUUUCAAUCCACGUCGCAGAUUAUUGUGUUAUUUUUUGGAAUGCCAAUACUUACCAAAUUGCUCAAAUUGAAAGACACAACGAUUGCCAUGUUUGGAGCCUUUUGUUUUGCGACAGCUCGAAUUUUCUACGCAUUUGCUGAAAUUCCCGAAUCAUUUUAUGCUGGUGCAGCAUUUUCCAGUGUCGUGGUUGGAGGGCCAAUGCUUCGAUCCAUGACAUCCAAAGUCGUUCAAUCAUCCGAGCGUGGCAAAGUGUUUGCGAUUUUUUCGGUUUGUGACAAUGCUGUCCCGUUGGUCAGUUCCGUGUUAUAUUCGCAAAUUUACAAUUGGACGGUUGGCACAUUUCCUGGAAUAUAUGUUUUAACAUUUUUAACGCAAUUGAUUCUGUUCUCUUUCAUGUUAACUGUACACAUCGUUUUGGGAGAACACCAGUUGGCUGUUGAUGAUAAUGCUACAGCCAAAAAUGUUGCUAAUGAUGAUGGGGAAAGUACCGAAAAUAUUAACAAAUCAUCUGAUCGCACUGACACUUCCGAGAACUUUUCGAAAAUUUAAAAUUCCCUAAUUUGUAUAUAUUGUUAGUAAACUUAGUUAUAUGUUUUUAAACAGAAACACCAAAAUACAUUCUUUAAGUGUUCAAAUUGUAAUUUUAUAAAAAAAAUCGUAUUUUGUAAACAUUUUCCAAAGCAAAACGUAGUAUUUGGAAAAAAAAGAAGAACAUUUAUAUAGCAGCUAAUAUUCGGUCACCUUUUACUACUUUAAAAUAUUGAUUGAAUUUUUUCAAAGAAAUGAUCGUUAAAAAGAGCUAGCUGUUUCAAAAAUAUUUACAAUUCCAACUGAAUAUCUGUAAUUUUUUUAAAUUAAAUAAAGAAACUGGUGUUGGCUAUAUACAGCUGUUCAAGAAAA